ACGACGACGACUCCAUUUGUGUAUAAAAGCGAGAUCACGAAACCACAAAAUGCCAAGUUAUGAAGGUUCUUCUACUCAUCUCAGUUUUUGUAUUUUUCGCUACCGAAACGGUUUUUGGAAGUCAGCCAAGCGAUAAUGAUGACACCAUCGCUGAAACUUUCAUCGACAAACUCAAGGAGCAACAGUUACCCUCAUGGAAUAUAGCCAAUUUGCCAUUGUACGUGGACUACUUUCAUUUCCACGGAGUUCGUAGUGUGGGCUUGGUCGUUUGCCCAGAAGAAGAUUUUAGCGGAAGAAAUGAGAUUGUCAAACUUGUACGUGGUUUCUUAGAGCGACAAAUGUACGUGAAUGUAUUUCGUGAUAUGAACUUGGACCAUGUUGAUGUGCAUCAGUUCACCUUGAAUCCUUUAAGCUAUAAGACAGGAAUAAUUGUCAAUUUAGAUGAUACCUGUGCCAGGCAGACUUUGAAAGCAGCUGACCAAAGAAAUCUAUUUACAACCAACCGCUUUUGGCUUUUACUGGGUGGUAGCGACGACGAUAUUGAUGAGAAUAUUCCUGAUGUGUUCAUUCCACCGGAUGGUGAGGUUAGGUUACUAAGAAAUGGCAGUCUCUGGGACAUUUACAAGGUGGAUCCAUCGAAAGCGAUGAGGGUGAGACAAGUUGGGGCAAAUAUAGCAUCGAGUGGAGAUAUGGUAACGAGCUUGCAGCAAUUUGGUUCAGCAAUAUCGUACAGGGAAAAUUUGGAAGGUCUGGAAUUUAAGACCGGUCUGGUGAUUGCAUUUCCUGACAUGUUCACUGACAUUGAGGAUUUGACAAUGAGGCAUAUUGACACUAUUACCAAGGUGAACUAUCCACUGACUAGGGCACUCAGUGGUCGAUUGAAUAUGAGUUUUAACACCUUCCAAACUGAUAACUGGGGCUGGAAAAAACCGAAUGGUUCGUUUGAUGGUUUGAUGGGACGAUUUCAACGUUACGAGUUGGAUUUUAGUCAGAAUGCCAUAUUUAUGCGACUUGACCGAGUGGCUGUUGUUCAUUUCGUCGUGGAGACUUUUCGCAUUCGAGCUGGUAUCAUGUUUCGACAGCCUCCUUUAUCAGCAGUUGCGAAUAUUUUUGCUUUACCAUUUAAUUAUGACGUUUGGAUUGCGGUAUUGGUUUUUAUGAUUUUUACCGCUUUGAUUAUGUCAAUUGAGUUGGCUUUUUCACCUUUGUUAACUGGAAUGGAUUUUUGGGAUUGUAUUGUUUUUGUUUGGGGAGCAAUGUGUCAGCAGGGUUUUAAUGUGACAAUACCAAAUCGAUCUGCAAGGAUUUUGGUUUUUACGACUUUUGUGACAACACUUUUUUUAUUUACAUCAUUUUCGGCAAAUAUUGUGGCUCUAUUGCAGAGUCCAAGUGAGGCUAUUGGAACUUUGGGAGAUCUUGGGCAGUCACCGUUGGAAAUUGGAGUCCAAGAUACGGUUUAUAAUAAGAUUUUCUUUAAUGAAUCAACGGAUCCAGUGACUAGAACCCUUUUUCAGAAGAAAAUUCAACCCAAAGGAGACAAUGUUUAUAUGCGUCCUCACAUGGGAAUGGAAAAAGUUCGAACUGGAUUGUUUGCUUAUCAAGUUGAACUUCAAGCUGGCUAUCAAGUUAUAAGUGAUACUUAUGCUGAAACAGAAAAAUGCGGAUUGAAGGAAUUGGAACCGUUCAAAUUGCCGAUUUUGGCAAUUCCUGUGAGGAAGAAUUUUCCUUAUAAGGAACUUUUUCGAAGACAAAUUCGUUGGCAACGAGAAGUUGGUCUAAUGAAUCGGGAGGAAUUAAAGUGGUUCCCACAGAAACCUAAAUGUGAGAGCAGUGUUGGAGGAUUUGUGUCGAUUGGAUUAACUGAGUGCCGUUAUGCGUUUGCUUUGUUUGGAUAUGGAUUUGGUUUUGCGAUUGCCAUGUUGUUUCUUGAAAUUUCAGUUCGAAAAUUUGUACUGUUCCUUGGGAAGAGGAGGCAAAUGUUUAAUGAUAACAAAAUAAAAUUUUAGUUCAAGUCGAAAUUAA